CUCAGCCAUGGCAUUUAAAGAUACCGGGAAGACUCCCGUGGAGCCCGAAGUGGCGAUUCACCGGAUUCGAAUCACGCUCACCAGCCGCAACGUGAAGUCGCUGGAAAAGGUUUGUGCGGACUUGAUCAGAGGCGCAAAGGAGAAGAAUCUGAAAGUGAAAGGACCAGUGCACAUGCCUACCAAGACAUUGAGAAUCACUACCAGAAAAACCCCUUGCGGUGAAGGCUCCAAGACGUGGGAUCGUUUCCAGAUGAGAAUCCACAAGCGACUCAUUGACUUACACAGUCCUUCAGAGAUUGUUAAGCAGAUUACUUCCAUCAGUAUUGAGCCUGGAGUGGAGGUUGAAGUCACCAUUGCAGAUGCCUAAGUCCACUGUUUAAAUAAAUUGACUUAAUUGUUUAAAAAA